AUGAAGCUCACCACCGCCAUCCUCUCCCUCCUCCCCGCUCUCGCCCUCGCGGCCCCCUCAGAGCCUCUCGUCGCCCGCCAGUCCUCCGGCACAUCCACCCUCUCCUACGACACCAAGUACGACGUGGCAACAAGCUCCCUGACCACCGUCGCCUGCUCCGACGGCGACUUCGGCCUCAUGACCGACGGGUUCUCGACCUUCGGGUCCCUGCCAACCUUCGCCCGCAUCGGCGGCGCACCCACCAUCGCCGGCUGGAACAGCCCCAGCUGCGGCUCGUGCUACCAGCUCACGUACACCUCGGCCACGGGCGCCACGAACUCGAUCAUCGUUACGGCCAUUGACACGGCGCCUGGUGGAUUCAACGUUGGACAGACGGCGAUGAAUCAGCUUACGAACAACCGCGCCGUGGAGCUGGGUCGUGUUGAUAUCACCUGGACGCUGCUUGAACGGGAGCAGUGUGGUCUGCCUGCUAGGGGUUAG